GCCAGCGUUCAGGAGCGGCUGGCAUUGUCGGGUGUGGGUGUCUUGGUGUUUGAGUGACUCGACGAGAUUGCGUUCAGUGUCCUUCCACUCGCUAACAGGUCAAGAUGCAGAUCUUCGUGAAGACCCUGACCGGCAAGACCAUCACCCUGGAGGUGGAGCCCAGUGACACCAUCGAAAAUGUGAAGGCCAAGAUCCAAGACAAAGAAGGCAUCCCCCCAGACCAGCAGAGGCUUAUCUUUUGAGCAGAGAGAAUACUAAAGGGGGGAGUUGUGAGCGAUGUUAACGUGGUUAAAAUUUUUAAGAUUUAUUUACUUCUUAAUAGAGGCGGGAUGCAGAUCUUCGUGAAGACCCUGACCGGCAAGACCAUCACCCUGGAGGUGGAGCCCAGUGACACCAUCGAAAAUGUGAAGGCCAAGAUCCAAGACAAAGAAGGCAUCCCCCCAGACCAGCAGAGGCUUAUCUUUGCCGGCAAGCAGCUGGAAGAUGGCCGCACUCUUUCUGAUUACAACAUCCAGAAAGAGUCCACCCUGCACCUGGUCCUGCGCCUGAGAGGUGGCAUGCAGAUCUUCGUGAAGACCCUGACCGGCAAGACCAUCACUCUGGAGGUGGAGCCCAGUGACACCAUCGAAAAUGUGAAGGCCAAGAUCCAAGAUAAGGAGGGCAUCCCCCCAGACCAGCAGAGGCUUAUCUUCGCCGGCAAGCAGCUGGAAGAUGGCCGCACUCUUUCUGAUUACAACAUCCAGAAAGAGUCAACUCUCCACCUGGUUCUCCGUCUGAGGGGUGGCUGUUAAUUCUUCAGUUUUGAAUUCGUAGUGCCCAAUGAUGGCAUUGCUCUGCACUAUAGCCAUUUUGCCCCAAUUUAAGUUUAGAAAUUACCAGUUUCAGUAAUAACUGAGUCACUGGUUUUCUCAAUAGCUGUUCAAAAUGUUAAUAAAAGUUUUGUUGCAUGGUAGCAUA